AUGAAGGCUUUUGACGGCCGGAUAGCUCAUUAUUCAGAUAUAUCAAUUAAUAACUUUUUAGACUUCAAUUUAAGCUCUCAAUUAUACUUCUUAUCUCACAAACAAAUGGACCAUAUGAAGGGCCUUGACUCAGCCGAAUUCUAUACUCGCGUUUCUGAUAUGUCUAUAUUUGAUUGCUUCAAACGUAAGAGAUUGUUUUACUCACCAGUAACUAAAACUUUGCUCUAUAAUGACCCCAAGUAUGCUCAUAUAAGUGUAUUUUUCACUCUCUCGACCAAUGACCAAUGCGAUAUAAGUAAAAUGCAAGGUAUUAUUAAGGAAGAUGAAAAUGUUAUGCGGGAUUUGAAAAAAGAAACAGAUCAUGAAAUUAUGGGAAUAAUCGAUCACAAGAAAAAGUUGAGAACAUAUUAUAACAACAAAAAUGGCAAUGAUGAAACAUGGAAGAAAUUAAGUGACUCCAAUAAUAACAAGUCUAGACACCUGACUUUCAUGAUGACCCUAAUUCCAGCAGGUCAUUGCCCCGGUUCGGUAAUGUUUAAUUUUGAAAGCCCCCUCGCCAACGUGUUAUAUUCCGGGGAUUUUCGAUUUGGAGAUAAAUUUCUAUCUUUUAAACCCGGGAGAUUAUUCUGUCUUGAUCAGUUUAUAAAACCUGGAAUAGACGCUCUUUACUUGGAUGCAACGUCUGCUGUACCGGAGGCUUCUUUUAUUCCAUCUAGAGAAGAAAGUUGUAAAGUAAUGGCUCAACUGGUUAAGAAUUGGUUAAAUUAUGGGACUAAUGAUUGUGAAGAUAAAAAAUGUAAUAGCGAUGAUACAAAUAGUGUUAAUAUUAAAACAAAUCGAUUUGUUAGGCUAAAUUUGCUUUACGACAUUGAAUAUGAACCCCUGUACGCCUCAUUACAUAAAGUUACUCAUUAUAAGGUCCACGUGUCGCCUUAUCAAUAUGAAUAUUAUAAGUCCACUAAUGUAACUUCUUAUCUCACGUUGAACCCAACGGUUACGCUUCUUCACGCUUGUCGAUUCAGGCCCUCGAAUAUUAAACAAAGCAACAAUAGUAAGGAAUGCAAAAUCGAGAGUUGUCAUGAAAAUAAUAUCAACCAAGAUGAGCUAAAUCUGCAUUUUUGUGACUCAAUAAAUUCCAGUGAAAUUGAGGACUUUAGUUCAAAGGUUUUGAUAAUCCAGCCUUCCGUCAUGUGGUGA